GACACACCUCGGACGAUUACAUCUAACAUCGAAGGGUACCGUAAUAGGCCGAAGUAACUGUAGGGGUGCGUUCAAGAGCGUAGCGGCUACGUAGUGUUAUAAAAUUGAACGAACGUAUAGACUAGCCCUACAUUUAAAGAAAAUAAGCGUUCAUUCAUACAGUGCGACCAAAAUACCUAGGCUAUAAGCCGCUCCGAUCUUGAACGCAGCCCAGAGGGAGGUUAACCUACUUGCAAUUUACCUAUAUCAAAUAAAAAAUACUUUAUCGAUAUUUUGUCUAAUAAUAAACCAAAUAGUUACAUAUUAUAGAUCUGUAAACCAUACACAUGGAGUGAUCUCAACUAUAGUUGACUAAAUACUAAACUUUAACACCACCUAUUUUCUUCUCUUUUUAAUGAUAUAAGGAGCGGAGGAGAUUUUUGAUCACAUGACUUUAAAAUGGCGACCCUGGACAUCAAAUUGAAGAAAGCUAACAAAGUGUAUAAAGAAGGGGAGCUUGUGAAGGGUGUAAUAUGUGUAGAUGCUGGGAGAAGUGAAAUUGCUCACCAAGGGAUCACCUUGAUAAUGGAUGGAUCUGUGAAUCUGCAGCUUAGUGCAAAGAGUGUAGGUCUCUUUGAGGCAUUUUACAGUUCAUUGAAGCCAUUGCAGUUGAUCAACUAUUCUUUGGACAUUGCAAAGCCAGGAAAACUUCCCAGUGGGAGAACUGAAAUUCCAUUUGAAGUUCCAUUAAAACCAAAGGGAAAUAAGGAACUGUAUGAAACUUACCAUGGAGUCUUUGUAAAUAUACAGUAUUCACUGAAAGCUGAAAUGAAGAGACCACUCCUGGCAAAGGAUCUGCAGAAGUCAUGUGAAUUUAUUGUAGAAUAUUCUAAUAAGGAUGCUAAGGAGAAAGCAUUGUCAAAGCCUGUGCAGUUUACGAUAUCACCAGAGACUCUGACUAAUGUUAAAGAAAAACAGAAUGUCCCAAAGUUCAAGGUCAAAGGGAAGUUAGAAACAGCUGUGUUGUGCAUCACAAAACCACUCAAAGGAGAGCUGGUAGUUGAGCAAUGUGACACACCGAUCAAGUCUAUAGAAAUUCAACUCGUACGGGUGGAAACUUGUGGAUGUGCUGAAGGAUAUGCCAAAGAUGCCACUGAGAUACAGAACAUUCAGAUUGCUGAUGGAAAUGUGUGCCGUGGGAUCCCUAUUCCGAUCUUUAUGAUAUUUCCCCGACUCUUCACAUGUCCGACACUUUCAACCAAUAAUUUUAAAGUUGAUUUUGAAAUCAACAUAGUUAUUGUGUUUCAAGACAAUCAUCUGGUGACAGAAAACUUUCCUAUCAAGCUCACCAGGUUUUAGUGAAGCUACUACCCAGUUCAUGAUCCAUGAACAGAAUGUGCCAACAUUCCAUUUUAUCAAAAGUCAUUAAAUCUAUUUUAAUGGCUGACAAGUAAACAUGCUUGUGGAAGCGGUCGUGAAAGAGGACUAUUUAAUUCCGAAAUACAUUGUAAUAUUCUCCAUAUGUUUUUACAAAACGUGGAAAAUAAUAUCUUCCUGUGAGGACCUCCAUGGCUUUACAAAGUUAUAUUAACAGAUGCAGGUGCUUGUAAUUUAUCUCUACGCUGUACAUUGUGUCAGUUUAUGAGAAUACAUGUACAUGUAUUGUCAUUGUAAAAUUGUAUCAAUAAUGCUCCAUAUAUAACAAGUGCAAUGUAUAUUUUACAAAUACAUGUAAAAUAAAUGUUAUGAGAAGUUAA